UGAUUGAAUAUUUACUCUAAUCUGUGGUCCUUUUUGAUUAGUUGAUUACUGUCUCUGUGUGGUGUGCAUUGAUAAUUAGACUGGAGUGGCCUAUUCAAACACAUAUUUUGUAUUAUAUUUUAUUAUUAUAUCAACCAAUAGUUAUAAUAGUAUCAGAUUUUAUAAUCAUCAGUAUAUAAACACAGUCGUUUUACAAUGUCUAUACAAAAGAAAAAAAUAAAAUCUAAAAAGCUGAGGACAGCGUUAGCAAAGGAACUGAGUUUCGUAAAAAAUGUUUUUUCAAUGUUAUCCAUACCACUGCAAAUCAAAAAUGAGGAUGAAGAUAUGGAUUUUGAAAUAGAACAUAAAUCUGCGGAAAAUAAAGAAAUUAAUGAUCUAUCUAAAAGAGCUCGCAGCAUUGCUGAACUGGAAGAAAAAUUAGAAAAAAUAAAGUCACAGAACAAAUUUACACUAAAAAAUAAACUAGCAAAAAAAAGUUUAAAUAGCAAACUUAACAAGAAGAUGAAGAAAAAAGAGAGAUUGAAUAAAAAAGGCAUGAAAAUGACUAAGAAUUUAACACAAAUUGAACAGAAAACAGUAGAAAAAUCUGAAUCGAAGGAAGUUAAUAAAUUUAAUAUUGCAAAACCAGUUUUUAACAAUGAUGGUAAAUUGGUAUUUUCAAAGUUUGAUUUUGCUAAUGUUGGGCAGAGAGAUAAAGGAAUGAAAGCAGAAAAAGAUCCUCAAAAGAUUUUAAAUAAUUUGAAGCAACAAGAAGAGAAAAUACGAAGAUUGGAAGAGACUGAAAAUGAUAAAGCGAGAGAAUUUAAAGAAAAAGUGGCAUGGAAAAAUGUAUUAGAAAAAGCUGAAGGACAGAAAGUGAAAGAUGAUCCAUCUUUGCUAAAGAAGUCUAUUAAAAGAAUGGAGCAAAAGAAAAAACACAGUAAAAAACAAUGGGAAAACAGAAUAAAAAAUGUAGAACAAAAGAAGGAAGAAAGGCAAAAGAAGAGGAAAGAAAAUAUUGGAAAAAAGAAGAAAGAGAAAAAAGCGAAAGUUUUGAAAGCAGCUGUUAAAAGAGGUCGCGUUGUUAUAUGAAUAAUCUUUAUAUAUUUAAAAGUAAUAGAAAUAAAUAAUUGCAUUCAAGUUUACGAAAUUAUAAGAAAUAAAUAAUUUACUUUUGCUAUA